AGACCAACAACGCUAACAGCCUGUGAUCCGCCAACUUUGAAGAUUGAUAAUUAAACCCUCUAUCACUGCAUGAAUACGAGCUCAAAGCCGAAAUGAUUUUCGUGGUUUACCUCGUCGUGUGCUUCUUUUCAACAUCCGUCAAAGGCCAGAUUGAAGGUGUUCGUCUCUUUGAUGGUGAAAAACUUGGAGAAGGAAGGGUGGAGGUUUUCUACCAAGGAGCAUGGGGGACUGUUUGUGAUGACGAUUGGGAUAUCAACGAUGCUAACGUCGUCUGUCAAUCCCUCGGUCUCGGAAAUGCAUUAGACGCGUUUUCGGAAGCUAGAUUUGGCGAAGGCACUGGGAGCAUCGUCCUGGAUGAAGUCUCCUGUACUGGAACCGAAGCAGAAAUCUCCGACUGUGGCAAUGCUGGUCUUGGAGUCCACGACUGUGCACAUUGGGAAGAUGCAGGAGUCAGAUGUCAGAAAUCCGUACGUUUGGUAGAUGGAGGCGAUGAUCCGAACGGAGGAAGGGUUGAGGUCUAUUACAAUGGAGCAUGGGGGACUGUCUGCGAGGACUGGUGGGAUGUUCUCGAUGCCCAAGUCGUUUGCCGAAGUCUUGGAUAUGACGACGGACAAGCAGAAGAAGGGGGUGUGUUCCCACCAGGAUCCGGGGAGAUCAUCGUGGAUGAUGCGUUAUGUCACGGUACCGAAAGCGAUCUUCGUGACUGCCACAUGAAUAAUGGAGACAUUGGCAACCACAACUGCGUGCAUACUCAAGAUGCUGGGGUCAGAUGUAGCUAUGAUGACAAUUAAGAUCACUGAUGCUGGAAGAUGGAGUUGAUUGUUGAAGUAAUUCGAUGGAGUUUGCUGAUACUUUUCUACAUCUACCUACUCUUCCUCAUCACUUCAAGUUUAUGGAUGACCAGGGACUAAAGAUAUAUUGCAUGUUCUGAGUUGGUAUUGUAAAGUAAAAUAUAAUCAUUGAAAGAGAAUAUGGCGCCGCUUUUAUAUUGAUAGUGGAAUCGAGAUUAGCCACCACUUUGAUAUAGAUGUUCAGUGAUAAUUUUGUAAAAUAACAAUUUUUAUAUUAUCAUAACACUUGGCAUUUUUCAUCUUUAAAUGCAAUACAAUAGAAUUGGAAUCUGUAAAGUUAUGAUCAUGACUUUUAUAUAGCUGUGUUUUCCCUUUUAUUCGUCAUAUUACAAAAUCUCUGGUUGAUUUAGCCUAAAGAACUUUAUAAAUUCCACUGGUGUAAUUAUAAUAGUUUCCUGUAAUUUCUAAAUUAACUUUGUCUUGCCGAUUUUGUGUAGCUCUGGAUCACAGCAAUAUACAUCAGUACAUUAUACUUUCAGUGGUUGGAUAAACAUAAUGGGCAAAAUCAUUACGCCUUUCGUUUGUAAUGGCCGGUGGCCUCAUGAAUCAUUAUAUCGUUUCUUCACAUGGAAUUAAAAUCCGUAUACAUCCGA